AUGAAUCUAUCUAUCUACCUCUUCUUCUCUGUUAAGUAUUUAUCUCUCUAUCCCAGCCUCUGCCCAUGUUUGUCUGCCCAUUCUACCUAUCUAUUUAUCUAUCUAUCUGCCCAUUCUACCUAUCUAUGUAUGUAUAUCUCUGCCCAUAUCUAUCUAUCUCACUCCUUUUCAUAUAUAUAUAUCUAUCUAUCUAUCUAUCUAUCAGACAUACUUAGAGGAGUUAACUCCGACAAUCUAUCUAUCUAUCUAUCUAUCUAUCUAUCUCUUUACCUGUUUGUCUGUCUAUCUAUCAACCUGAUCUGCUGUCUCUCUGUAUAUCUAUCUAUCUAUCUAUCUAUUAUCUUAAAAACUGAUAUCUAUCUCAGUAAUCUAUCUAUCUAUCUAUUUAUCUAUCGCAGUCCUUUUAAUAUACAUCUGUCUGUCUAUCUAUCUAUCUAUCUAACUGUUGUGGUAGGAUCCACCUAA